AUGAGGAGCCGCGGCAGGAAGCAGCUCUCCGGCCGUGGUGGCUCUGUGUCUGUCUGUCCGUCUGUCUGCCGGGCGGGAGGCAGGGCUCUACCCCUGGGUCUCCCUUUCGGGGAGCUUCACAUCGCCCCAAAUCACUGCCGCAUCUCACCGGAGGAGCCAGCUCUGCCUGGAGCCGAGCCGGCCUCGCCCGCCACCGUGAAGAACAGGCUCCCCGGCUCCUUCCCGCUGGCUUUUGUGGCCACAGGAACCAAUCUGUCUCUCCAGUUUUUUCCGGCCAGCUGGCAGGGGGAGCAGCGACAGACACCGACCCGGGAAUAUGUCGACUUUGAAAGAGAAGGAGGCAAGGUGUACUUGAAGGCCCCCAUGAUUCUCAAUGGUGUCUGUGUAAUCUGGAAAGGCUGGAUAGAUCUACAGAGACUGGAUGGUAUGGGCUGCCUGGAAUUUGAUGAAGAGAGAGCACAGCAGGAGGAUGCAUUGGCACAACAAGCCUUUGAAGAAGCUCGGCGAAGAACUCGUGAAUUCGAGGAUAGAGACAGGUCUCAUCGGGAGGAAAUGGAGGCAAGAAGACAGCAAGACCCUAGUCCUGGAUCUAACCUGGGAAGUGGCGACGAUCUCAAACUACGUUAACCCCCGGCGGCAGGCGUUCCACGGGCCUGCUCACAUGCAUUGCUUCUACUUGGCAAAGGAUUCAAUGGAAGACCAGAAACUGUGAGAACUGGGUAUACGACGGUCUGUUUCCUGACCUGCUGCAGCCCGCGGCACCGUCGGCUGCCAUGGUUUGCACUAUGUUUAUGUUACAAUACCUGCAUUUCCCACGUUACACAUGUAGCCAGUGGCAAUUUGAAAUUUUGUUUUUUCUAUGCAAACUUAUUUUUGUUGGCACUAUUUUAGUGAAAUGGAAACUUAUGCAGCUAUGAAACCAUGUUUUCUCAACUGUAAUAAAAAUUGUCACUUAAAAAUAGGUCAAGAUAUUACAGAUUUAAAAUGUCUUUUUUGGGGUGGUGUUUUUUGGUUUGGUGUUGUUUUUUUUUUUUUAUAAACUGCUGGAAGUUAAUGCAUUCCAAGCUUAAUUUUUUUAAUAUGGGCUUUUGGAAUUUUGAUUGUCCUUAUUGUGCUCCUGCUUUAUUUUAGAUACGCGUUCUUAUCUUCCUUUCAGUUUUCUUUUUUCUAAAUUUGCAAGACCUUCUUCAAA